AUGUCGAGCGCGGCGCUGUCGCAGGAGCUGCGCGCGUCGUUCUGCCGGCUCAUGCUGCACCUGCACGUGGACCGCGACCCGCAAGAGCCCGUCACGCCCGUCAAGUACGCGCGCCUCUGGAGCGACGUCUGCGACACCAUACACGUGCACGAUUACCAAUGUGUAAAAGGCGGUCCAGACGCAAACCGUGAAAAAGUUAAGGAGCAGUUCGCUUCCACCAUCCGCUUCGUAGAGGACUACUUGUGCAAGGUAGUCACAAGCACGUGGUAUUUCAGCGAUCACGACCAAAACAAGCUCACAUUCGAAGUGGUUAAGUUAGCCAGAGAGCUCAUAUAUUUUGGAUUCUACAGCUUCAGCGACCUGCUCCGGUUGACCAAGACGCUUCUUAGCAUCCUGGACUGCGUCACUGCCAUGGACCUGAUCAACGAGACCAGCACCCUCUCGGGAGAAGUCGAGUCUGAAGGUGGCGUUUUGCGCACCAUCGGCGACAUGGGUGCAGUAAUGACGUCCAUCACGCUAGGCUCCGUAGCCCGAAAUGUUGUGGGCGACGGGCGCGGCGUGCAGCGCAGCGCGCCCGCGCUGGCGCUGGCGCGCAAGCACCCGCUCGUCAUGGACACCAAGCUCAAGAUCAUCGAGAUACUGCAGUUCAUCCUGGACGUACGACUUGACUAUCGCAUCAGCUGCCUGCUUUCAAUUUUUAAGAAGGAAUUUGAACAAGCUGGUGAAAGGCAAGCUGACAGCCUUGGACGGGCUGAUGUGGAAGCCAUUGGGCUACAAGCGGAAGGGAUAUUCAGCUGUCGAGCGAUACAGACUGUGCCUGACAACUGCCUUCCAAAAAAUGUAGAUUUGGACGGAUUGGACCUUGACGAGUGCGGCGGCCGUAUGGUCCUGCGCGUGCUGCUGCAACUUUGCUCUCAAGGGGCUUCGGCUGCGCUGGUGUCUGGAGCGCUAGCUCUGCUCUUUAGACACUUUAGUCAGAGACAAGAGGUGCUUGCAGCUUUUAAACAAGUGCAACUGCUGGUGUCGGACGCAGAUGUAGAGUCUUACAAACAGAUCAAAGCGGACUUGGAUGUGUUGCGUCAGAGCGUGGAGAAGUCAGAGUUGUGGGUGUUCAACAAGGGACGCGCUGGCGCACUCGAUGAUCAUAGCGACAUAAAGGGCACCCUUGGGCCUGGCGGAGCGGUCUUAGAACGCAACGCCUCACUCGAUAACGUUUUAGAUACGUCACGACCCAGCAAGUACGACCAUAUGAAUGAAUACAAUAAGAUCAAAGAGAUCCUGGAGCGUAUGAUCAAGUAUUGCACUCAAGGAAACAGUGGGGCGGGCGAAGCGGGUGGAACCGGAAAGCCAAGACGCCACGAGCAACGAUUACUGCGCAAUAUUGGAGUGCACAACAUCGUGCUCGACCUUUUGCAGGUACCCCACGACGAAGACGAUGCAGCGAUGGACGAGCUGCUAGCCUUGGCGCACGAGUUCCUGCAGCGGUUCUGCCACGGCAACCAGCAGAAUCAGGCCAUACUGCACAAGCACCUCGACCUUUUUCUAAAUGCUGGGAUACGCGAGGCGCAGACCGUGUGCGCCAUCUUCGAGGACAACCCUGCGCUGUGCGCGCACGAGGGCAACGAGAAAGUGGCCGCGCACUUCGUACACUGCAUUGAGACGCGCGGCCGCCGCCCCGCAUACCUGCAGUUCCUGCGCACCAUCGUUCGCGCCGCCGGCCAGCACAUUCGCCGCAGCCAGGACCUUGUCAUGCAGGAGAUGGUAAACGCUGGUGAAGACGUACUAGUAUUUUACAACGACAAGGUUUCGUUCAACUACUUCAUACAAAUGAUGCGUCAGUACAAGCACACGAAUGAGAUGCCUGAAGCUUUAAGGUACCACAUAGAACUGGUUAAGCUGCUGACGUGCUGUACAUUAGGCAAGAACGUGUACACGGAGAUCAAGUGUCACAGUCUUCUACCGCUAGACGACAUCGUGGCAAUGAUCACGCAUCCUGACUGCAUACCAGAAGUGAAGGAAGCGUACGUUGGUUUCCUGAACCACUGCUACAUCGACACAGAGGUGGAGAUGAAGGAGAUCUACUCCAGCAACUACAUGUGGGACCUGUUCGAGCGCUCCUUCCUGCAGGACAUGCAGGCGAUACUGCAGAGCGACGGCGCCGCGCAUUCCGCGCCGAGUACGUCCCGCGAGGACGCGUCCUCGACGCAGAGCAGCCCGGCGGGCAGCAUGCACCGCGCCUGGGCCGGCUACGUGACCGACGUGCUCGUACACACCAUCUGCACGUUCUUCAACUCUCCCUUCAGCGACCAGAGCACCACUGUGCAGACGCGGCAGUCGAUCUUCGUGAAGUUGCUGCAGACCACGUUCCGCAUCUACCAGUGCCCGUGGCUCACUCCACCGCAGAAGCUCAACGUCGAGAAGUGCAUACGGACACUCAGCGAAGUUGCCAAAAGUCGUAGUAUAGCAAUACCAUUGGAGUUAGAAGCGAAGAUACAAACAGUAUUUGAAAAGGCGGCCGCGCUCUCCAGACAGACCAGCAAAUGGCUGCUUGCGUCCAAGACUUCAAAGCUGGAGAAAAUGGCUUCACAGUCGCAUCUGCAGAACGAGCGGUCGGUGAUGGAGGGGCUGCAGGAGAUCGUGUCACUGCUGGAGGAGCAGCUGCGGCCGCUGCUGCAGGCCGAGCAGUCGCUGCUGGUGGACAUCCUGUACCGCCCGCACCGCCUCUUCACGCAGCCCGGGCACCUGGCGCGACCCGACACCAGCGGCAUUUUCAUAGCCAGAUUAAUACGACACACUGAAAAACUACUUGAAGAGAAAGAGGAAAAGUUGUGCGUGAAGGUUUUGCGCACGCUCAGGGAGAUGAUGGCGGUGGAUCCCGAAUAUGGCGAAAAGGGCAAUCAGCUUCGCAACAAACUACUGUCACAGUACUUCGUGAAUCGCAAAUCGGAGCCGAAGAUCCAACCCCCACAGCCCUCGCUCACCGUCACGCACGGGCCCGGUGCGAAGGUGCUGCUGCGCACUGGGCAGACGCUGGCGGCGGUGCAGGCGCACCUGGACCGCGAGGGCGCCUCCGACCUAGUGGUGGAGCUGGUCAUCAACAGCACCAACCGCCCCGCCAUAUUCCUGGAGGCCAUACAGCUGGGCAUCGCUCUUCUGGAAGGUGGAAAUCCUAUAAUACAACACAGCAUAUUCACAAAGUUACAAAACGGCGAGAUAUCUCAAGCGUUCUUAAAGGUAUUCUACGACAAGAUGCGUGAAGCUCAGCAGGAGAUCCGCUCGGUGGCUACCAGCACCACGGCCACUAGUGGGACGGACAAGCGCUCGAGCAUAGCCGAUAAACACAAACCCGCCACCACAGAGGGCAAAGUGGCCCCAGGUCCGAUAGUGGUCGGCGAGGACAUGGACGACGAGGUGACCAACGCUUGCGGUUCCGCAAUCCACGCCUACUCCGACAUACACACUAUGUCGCACGGAACCACGGUGCUGGAGGAGAUAAUGUCGGAGAAGAAGCGAGAGACUGGCAACGCGGACGUUCUGCCUGCGAAGGUGGCCGUGAUGCGUCCCAUACUGCGCUUCCUGCAGCUGCUCUGCGAGAACCACAACCCGGAUCUGCAGAACCUACUUCGGAACCAAAACAAUAAAUCUAACUACAACUUGGUGUCGGAGACCCUGAUGUUCCUGGACUGCAUCUGUGGGUCGACGACGGGCGGGCUGGGGCUGCUCGGGCUGUACAUCAAUGAAGGCAACGUGGCGCUCAUCAACCAGACGCUUGAAACCCUCACCGAGUAUUGCCAAGGCCCAUGCCACGAUAACCAGAACUGCAUAGCUACACACGAGAGCAACGGCCUGGACAUAAUAACGGCGCUGAUCUUGAACGAUAUCAAUCCUCUUGGCAAGACACGCAUGGACCUGGUGCUCGAGCUAAAGAACAACGCCUCCAAGCUCCUGUUGGCCAUCAUGGAAUCCCGCAACGACUCGGAGAACAACGCCGAGCGAAUAUUGUACAAUAUGAACCCUGAGCAGCUGGUUGAUGUUGCGUGCUCAGCCUUCAAUCAGGAACACGCGAUGGACACGGAAUCUGAUUCAGAAGACGACACUCCCGUUCAGGGCGUGUCUCCGAAAGAAGUGGGCCACAACAUCUACAUCCUGUGCCACCAGCUGGCCGGGCACAACAAGGAGCUGGCAGCGCUGGUGCGCGCAUCGCCCGGCGCGCCCGCCGGCACGGCCGGCACCAACGCGCCCGCGCUGCGCUACUACCGCACACACACCGCGCAGAUCGAGAUAGUGCGCACGGACCGCAGCAUGGAGCAGAUCGUGUUCCCGAUCCCGGAGAUCUGCGAGUACCUGCCGGCGGAUAGCAAGCACCGCGUGCUGCAAAGCGCCGAGCGGGAUGACCAGGGCAGCAAGGUCGCCGAUUUCUUCUCCCGUCUCGACAACCUCUUCCACGAAAUGAAGUGGCAGAAAAAACUACGUGGGCAACCUUUCCUGUUCUGGGUGUCGUCCUACAUGUCGCUGUGGAGUAACAUAUUAUUCAAUUUCGCCGUUCUUAUUAAUGUCAUCGUUGCUUUCUUUUACCCGUUUCAAGAAGAAAAUCCAAAGCUGGGCGCGCACCUGUCGCUGGUGGUGUGGUGCGUGUCACUGUGCGCGGGCGCGCUGGUGACGUGGCUGCCGCGCUCGUCGGGUGCACGCGCGCUGCUCGCCAGUGCCAUCGUGCGACUCAUCUUCUCCGCCGGACCUGAGCCCACACUCUGGACGCUCGGAAUGCUCACCAUAGUAGUGAAGGGCAUCCACCUGGUCAGCAUUAUGGGCAACCAAGGCACGUUGUCCAAGUCGACGCGGUACGUGAUCACCGACCCCGAGCUACUCUACCACAGCGUUUACCUCGGAUUCUGCUUUCUCGGCAUCUGUUGCCAUCCAUUCUUCUUCUCUGUGCUUCUGCUAGAUAUCGUGUACCGCGAAGAGACAUUGUUGAACGUGAUGCGAUCAGUAACACGCAACGGGCGGUCCAUCCUCCUGACGGCCGUACUGGCGCUGGUGCUGGUCUACAUGUUUUCCAUCGUAGGCUACAUGUUCUUCCGCGACCAUUUCCUUGUCAACGUCGACCGCCUCGAUGACGACGACGACCCGCGCUUCGAGGAGCGGUGCAACAGCGACUCCGCCGCGAAGUACCAGCGGGCGGCGCGCUUCGUGUCCGUGGGCGGCGCGCUGCGGGAGCGCAGCUGCGACUCGCUCAUCAUGUGCAUCGUCACCACGCUCAACCAGGGGCUGCGGAACGGCGGCGGCAUCGGCGACAUACUGCGAGCCCCCGCCAGCUUCGAGCCAUUGUUCGUGGCGCGCGUGGUGUACGAUCUACUGUUCUUCUUCGUGGUUAUCAUCAUCGUACUGAACCUCAUCUUUGGUGUGAUCAUCGACACUUUCGCCGACCUUCGUAGCGAGAAGCAGCAGAAAGAACUUAUUUUAAAGAACACAUGUUUUAUAUGUGGGUUGAACAGGUCAGCCUUUGACAACAAGACUGUCUCGUUCGAGGAACACAUUAAGAGUGAGCACAACAUGUGGCAUUACCUCUACUUCAUGGUGCUCGUGAGGGUCAAGGACCCCACCGAGUUCACCGGUCCCGAAAGCUACGUGCAUUCUAUGAUAAAGUCAAACAAUCUGGAUUGGUUCCCGCGACUGCGGGCGCUCUCGCUGGUGGGGGGCGGUGAGGGCGAGGGUGGUGAACUGGAGCUGCGUGCACUGCAGGCGCAGCUGGAGCGCGCGCAGCAGGCCGUGCGCACGCUCACCGACCUGCUCACCGAGCUGCGCGACCAGAUGACUGAACAGAGGAAGCAAAAGCAACGCAUCGGCCUCCUCAACUCGACGUCUGCUUAUCUGCAGAAUCUACAAAUGAAUUUACCGCCGUGA